CGAGAUAUGUGGUAUCCCUAAUAUAAAAAACGAAAACCUAUUUCAAGUAAUAGAAAAUAUUGCAAAGCACGCAAACAUUAAGCUAAAUGUUAAUUCUGAUAUAGACUUUAUUACUCGCGUCGCUUCACGAAAUAAAAAUGAUAAAAAAAAGAAUAUAAUAGUCCGGUUCAUGUCUAGAUACCGUAAGAAUGAUUUUUUGUCUAAAAUAAGGCAAUUAAAGGAUCUUUGAGCCGCUAGUAUUGGAUAUCCCAGUAACCAAUCACCGAUUUUCUUUAAUGAACUUUUAACGAGUGCAAAUAAACUGUUACUUCAACAAGCAAAAAUGAAAGCGAAAACAUGUGGUUGUAAGUUUGUUUGGGUAAGAAAUUGUAGUAUAAUGGUACGUCGCAAUGAAACUAGCCCGGUGCUUCAUAUUAAUUCCAUGAAGGAUUUAUCCAAGAUGAAAUAAGAAUUAUAUUAUUGUUUUUAAAAUAUUUUGUAAAGUGCCACUUAAGGUUAAUAAUUUUUUUAGUUGGUAACUUGAGAUUAACCUCGAUUGUUGUUGUUCUAUUGGAGGUCCUCUUACCAUUAUGUAAUUGUCAUCCCAAUAUGAGUUGUCUAUCCAUGACAAGAUACUAUUUUUCUGACAUUUGUUUUUGUGCACUGUGUCUUGCUUUUUGUGUCUUUUAUGGAUGUAAGUCAUCUGAUUUGAUUUAGUUUGAAGUUAUGAAUUUUGUGAAUUUAUACUUUUAUUUUGUUAUAUUCAAAAUGCUUAUAGUUAACAUUAAAAUUCCAACGUAACUUAACCGUAUACUAUCAAAACGUAAGAGGUUUGAGAACAAAAACCAUUACAUUUUAUAAUAGUAUUUUACGUAAUAAUUAUGAUAUCGUAUGUAUCACCGAGACAUGGCUGCUUCCGAAAAUUUUAGACUCUGAAAUAUUUGAUUCUCGUUACGUAGUAUACAGAUGUCAUAGAGAUUAUAUCACAAGAGGAGAUAAUAUAGGUGAAGGUGCUCUGAUUGCUAUACAUAAGGAAUUGACUAUUUGGAAUUUCAUGAUCAUUCCGACGUUAAAUACGGCUGCUGAUAUAGUAUCCAUCACUUUUUCCUACGCAUUAAGUCAACACGUUAUGCAUCGAGUAGACGGCGAGAAGCUUGGCGGUCCGAUGUCAGCAUACAGCACAAUUCAAUUUACAGUCCAAAAACAUCAUUUUAUUCGGGGAAAAAUAAAGAUUCGUUGCUCAGCAAAUAUGUACUCAAUAUAUUUCAAGAGUACAGAGAAAACUGCAGAAGAAGAGAGAAUAAGAACCACUCCCGCCACCUUACCAGAGGUGAAUAACGCAGUUGUGUAUUCUAUACAUCGAACGCCACCGACACAUGCGAGUGCCGCGGACAAGGUCGUCUCAGCAAAAUUAUACACGAUUAUAAUGUUCACACUUUUCUUACCGACAGUAUUGAGAUAAAUUUAUCAGAAUCUCCUAGGUAGUCACAAAAUUAAAUUAUAAUCGCUGUGUUCUGAAGAACUCGCAGAACCAAUGGCCCUGUUUCUACGACUGAAAAAAAUAUCUUCUCUAUAUUUACACUGUUAAUACUUUGUAGUUGUGCCAACCCGAAUUUAUGUGUUUCAUUAAAUGAAACACAAUUAUAUACGAGUCUAAUUCGGUUUCAUGGUAGAAACAAUUGCAGUGAAUCAUUUUUGCGCGGACAGUUUGUCGGUUUGUAAUUAUUUAAGUUAGUCACUAAAUACAAUAUUAUUCUAAAAGACUCAUCGGCCGGGGAGGGAUUCCUGGCCCAAUCUAUAUUCAAAACCAUGUAUCCAAUUACUUAGUGUGUCCGAUUACUAGACAUUUUAAAACUCAACAUUCGUCUCAGGAUCAGCGCAGUGCGAACACAGACAGUAAUUAGCAAUUUAAUCUUCUGGAUGGUAGUCCUACUGUUCAUGGAGAGUUGCGCUUACCUCCAAGCGAGACUCUUGCUCGUCAUCCAGUAAUAUAAAAACAAAUCUUUACGUGGAUAUCCAUGUUCUAUUCCAUGAUGUCAUGUCAUGGAAACAGUUCGCGUCAUGAGAGUCCACUCAUUACAUUUCUAUGUACCAAUUCGGAAAUAAAGGCAUAAUAGGACAUACGUUUUUUAUAAAAUUUUGUCAACAAUGUAUUUAUGAAAUACAUUUUAUAUUGAGAUAUCAAAUUUGUUAUAAUAUAUGAAACAUAACAGUAGUUUAUUCUCUUGAACAACACGUUUUGAAAGCCGCUUUGCCAAAGAUUUCAUAAUGACUUUACAUAUUUAUUAAUUUGACUCGUGUCAGUUUUACAACAUGUAAGUAAAAGUUCGUGGAAUUUAAAUAAAAAAGUUACAUCACUACUUAACUCCGAUUCGCCGUGUUGCUCUAUGCUACUUAAAGAAAAAUUAAUGAAAUGAACUGGAAGAUUGAAUUUACUUAUACAUUGUUAAAUGGGCUCAAUCUCGCUAAUAACCUACACCUCAUUAUUAUCUUUAAAUCUGUUAAAGUAAAUAUUGUUUUGAAUAAGUUGUAUUUUCACGUACGUGUAAAUGUUAGCCAAUAAAUAAUAAUUUUAGGAAAUUGUUUCGACAAUUAGGUAUAAUCAAUGGAUUUUAAUACAAUAAGUAUUGUUUGUUAAUGUAGUGUCCGAUAUAUUAUAUCCCGAGGAAUUCUAUGACAUAGCAUUUCAUGACACAUCUAAACAAUAACUGGAAUGCUUAAGUAUUUCGCAAUUCGUAGAAUUAGGCGUCCCGCAGAUGGUGUGGAGAAACACUACUAUUAAACUGCUGGGUCUGUAAGUUUCAUAGUAGUGUACUUUCAGCAUCUGAUUUGUCAAUCGAUCAAAAUGUCGGCUAAUUGAAAUUUGGUUGGAUUGAUAAAUACUGAGCCGGCGAUUUAUUUAUAGUGAUUCGUGCUGGUAACAGCUCAUUAACUGCUGUAUGCACUGAUUCCCGUUUAUUUUGGGACCAGGAACUAGUUAAGACGCUGCGUAGAUGCUGUCAAUUUGCUGCACAGGAUCACUAACAAGUGAUUCCUAAGAACUGUUGAUUUUGACAAUUAGUUGAGCAAAUUUUCAUUAUUAUAACAAUCGUAUCAAAUAAAACGGCUUGUUGCCACCGCCUGCGAUUUUGGUGCUACAAAUUGAAAGCGCGUGCGCGGAGCCUAAUCGUUACUAUUUUAUGGCCAGUUCAGAAUUGCUUAGGCAUUAACGCGUAAUGAUCACCCGUCUGGUGGUGAUAUGGAAAUACAUUCUUUACUUGUCGGUAUUUGACUUUAACGAACAAUCGUGACAUGACAAUAAGAUCGCUAUUUCAUAGAAUGCCUAUCGAUUUCGUCAUGCGGAUGAAAUCGGUAUAGCCUAUACGUAAAAGGCAUGGCAACGAGAUGAUUUACUGUACCAUUUAUUAUCUGUGACUGCUUUCUUGUAAAGUUUUAAAAUAAAAUGUAUAAUCUUAAGGGGUUAGCUAUUCAUUGUUAUUGUAAAUAACUACAGCUUCAAUAAAACGGAACAGUCGAUUUUUAGAAAUCAAUGAAACACAUUGGAUGAAAUUAAUAAAAUUGUAAUAAAAUCCCUGAUGAUAAAUAAAUUAAAUGUGGAAUGCAAA